AUGGUUGGAGAGAAAAACAACAAUGGAGACAACACUGACCCACAAGCUGCCUUGUUACAACUGCUCAGGGAGAUGAGGACUGAAUUGCGAGUUUGUGGAGAAAGAAUUGAUCGCAUGGAACAGCCCCAAUCAAGAGGAUCCAAUAAUGUGCAAGGACCUCAACAAGCAAGGAGGAAUGUUCAGAACGACAACCAAAGAGGCGAAGAGGAUUCUGGUGAUGACAGCAUGUCCGAGACAGAAUAA